AUGUCUCGUCUGGAAGCAUUACGCUCUGAUGACCUCUCUGCGGUGCCUUUCAGAUGCCAUCAAAAUGACACAGAGAGGACCAAGGAUAGUGCCUUAACCACAUCUCUGCAGAGACCCUGUGUGAACAGCUGUGCACAUGCCAAGUUUACUUCACAAGAGCUACAGAAGCCAGGGCUCUCCCUCGGCACCCCAGCAACCACCUCUGCGGCUCUGGGCACUGGAAAGUUGAGCUUCAGCUUGAAGCCCCCCAGAGCAGCUGCUGGUACCUCCUCAGCAACUUCCACCACCGCCGCCAGCCACCAGCAGCACCACCAACACCGGCUUUGCCUUGAAUCUGAAGCCUCUGGCGCCCAUCAGCAUCGCCAGCAGCACAGCUGCCACAGGGAGCACCCCGGCUGCCCCCGGGGAGGUGGCAGGGCGGCCGGCAGCAGCCCCAUCAUGACCUACGCCCAGCUGGAGAGCCUCAUCAGCAAGUGGAGCCUGGAGCUGGAGGACCAGGAGCGGCACUUUCUGCAGCAGGCCACCCAGGUCAACGCCUGGGACCGCACCCUGAUUGAGAACAGCGAGCGCAUCGCUAGCCUGCACCGCAUCUUCUAG